AUGAUAAAAGAUAUUAAAAAGAAAGCCAAUAAAAAAGCAUUAAAUUCUGAUUAAGAAAAAAUUAUCAAAAAAUUUAUAUCAUCUGUAUAGGAUAAGAAACCUACAGAUUUAGGAAACAAUAUUUUACUAAGAUAGGAUCCUGUAAGAAUUUCAUAAUAUUUAAGGUCUUAGAAGCCAUAGCUAUAAUUGAUUGGAAUUAAGAUCAUUAUUAUUGGUUAAAUGAGAAAUCAGAUGAUAUUUCCUAAUCACUAUUAACAAAUACUUAAUUGAUUUAAUAGUUUCUUUAACUUGAGUUUUAAUUUGUUAAAACAAUUAUGUAAUAACAAUGUACUUUUACUUAUGAUGAAAGGAUAAAAAUGAUGCUACAUAAUUAAUUAUGA